AUGGGCACAGCCACGACAGCAGAGUUACCUUAUCACCUUGCACCAGAAAGCCAUUUAGGCCAAAAGCACUUGCCUACUUUCAAUCUAUCCCAGAAAACUAUUUUAGAUCUUUUGAACACAAGAUGCAGUAAUUCUUAUGAACACCUGAAGCAGGUUCACGCCUUGGUAGUAAAAACUGGCCAUCUUCAGGACCAUUUUGUUGCUGGAACUCUGGUCAAGUGCUAUGCAAAUCCUCAAUUUGGUAGCUUAGACUGUUCGAUCAAAGUUGUGCAACAGGUUCCCAAUCCAAAUGUUUUCGUUUGGAACUCAAUGAUUAAAGGGUGUCUAGAUAAUGAAGAGCACCGUAAGGCACUAUCAUUUUACUACAGGAUGGUAGUUCUGAGUUGUAGGACUAAUAAUUAUACAUACCCGCCUCUGUUUAAGGCUUGCAGCAUGGAACAAGCUGUUGAAGAAGGUCUGCAAAUUCAUGCUCAUGUGGUAAAGAACUCUUUUGUUGAAGAUGGCCAUGUUAGAUGUUCUGGGAUUCAGAUGUAUGCAUCUUUUGGACGGGUUGAUGAUGCUCGAAAACUGCUUGAUGCUGGUGGGGAAACAGAUGUAGUCUGUUGCAAUGCUAUGAUUGAUGGCUAUAUGAAAUGUGGGGAUGUUGAUGCUGCAAGAGGGUUCUUUGAGGAAAUGGUGAAUAAGAACAUUGGCUCUUGGAACGCGAUGAUUAAUGGUUUCAUGAUAAAUGGAAUGAUUGACAAGGCAAAAGAUUAUUUCAAUGAAAUGCCAGAGAAAGAUGAGAUUUCUUGGAGUGUCAUGUUGGAUGGCUAUAAUAGAGGAGGACAAUUCAAGGAGGCUUUGGAAGUUUUCACAGAAAUGCAAAGGGAAAAUGUCAAGCUAAGGAAAUUCAUUCUCUCGAGCGCUCUCGCUACAUGUACAAAUUUGGGGGCUCUUGACCAAGGGAAAUGGAUUCAUACUUACAUAAGGAGAAAUUCAAUCCCAUUGGAUGCAGUAUUAGGAACUUCUUUGUUAGACAUGUAUGCUAAAUGCGGACGUAUUGACUUGGCAUGGGAUAUUUUUGAGAGCAUGAAACAGAAAAAGGUCUUUUCUUGGAAUGCAAUGAUUGGGGCACUUGCCAUGCAUGGUAGAGCAGAGGAUGCAUUUGACCUCUUCUUCCAGAUGCAGAGGGAGAGGUUCAAGCCAAAUGACAUCACUUUUGUGACUAUUCUCAAUGCAUGUGCUCAUGCUGGAUUGGUAGAUGAAGGUAUGAAGUACUUAAACGACAUGAAAGAAGUGUAUGGAGUUGAACCCACUGUGGAGCACUAUGGCUGUGCUGUUGAUAUUUUGGGCAGGGCUGGGCUUCUUGGUGAAGCACUUGAACUGAUAAACUCUAUGCCCAUGAAGCCAAAUGCAGCUGUUUGGGGAACACUUCUAGGUGCUUGCAGGAUUCACAAAAACAUCGAGUUGGCUGAGAAAGUGGGGAGAAUCUUGCUUGAGAUGGAGCCAGAAAAUAGCGGGCGCUAUGCAUUGCUAUCAAACAUCUAUGCAAAGGCAGGAAGAUGGGAUGAUGCUACGAAAAUCAGAAUGCUAAUGAAAGAAAGGGGGGUAAGAACAAUUCCUGGAAGAAGCAUGAUUGACCUGGAUGGGGUGGUCCAUGAAUUCAGAAUAGGAGAGCAAACACAUCCACAAUCGAAGGAUGUCUACUUGAUGUUGGGACAGAUCAUGAGAAGACUUCAAUUGGCAGGCCAUGUACCAAAUACAUCACAGGUCUUGUUUGAUAUUGGUGAAGAAGAGAAACAAACUGCCCUCAGAUACCACACUGAAAGACUUGCAAUAGCUUUUGGACUACUUAAAACUGCACCAGGAUCAACUAUUCAUGUCACAAACAAUCUUAGAGUAUGUGAGGAUUGCCACUCUGUUGUCAAGCUUAUUUCCAAAAUAUACAGCAGGCAAAUAAUUUUGAGAGAUCGUGUGCGAUAUCAUCAUUUCAGUGAUGGGCAUUGUUCUUGCAAGGACUUCUGGUAGCUCAGGUUGUUUGUUGAUGCCAAAGCAUAGGAUUUCUUAGUGAAUGUGAGUUCACAAUAUUCCUAAAUGUACUAGAUCAAAGUGCCACACCUAUGUCACAGUGCCAGAAAAGAUUCUAUCACUCGAAGAGCUAAGCUGUAAAGAGGGAUCGAAGCCGAUAACUGCUCAGAGAAAAUCAUCAGAUGAUCGUGAGGAUCCAUUUUUGGAUACCCUCCUCUUUUUCUCUGCAAAAUCAAAGGAAACCAGGCAUAUGUCAGAAGCAGUAGAGGUGAAUAGCGUGUUUGGUUUGCAAAAUUUGCUCCCUGUCCAAUAAGAAUAUGACAAUCUCAAGCAAUCAAGCAAGAAUCCUUGUAGUAACUAUCAAUUUAUGUUCAGACAAGCAAGCUCAUUUUCCUUCUCAAGCUCAAAUUAUGACAGAAACAGGUCAAAAAA